GAAGUGCGGUCGCCUCCCCUCGCAACGCGUCAGUCUCGUCGCGUGCACCGUGUGGGGAGGAUCUUUCGCGCGUCCGUUCCCGAUUCAGUCGCCCGCUGCUUCCGUUCUCGCGCGCACGUACGAACAAUCGGGCCAGAGAGAACACGACGACGACAAGUGUAAUACUCGCGAUCAUUGCGUGCGUGCGUGCGUGCGUGCGUGCGUGCGUGUGUCGUCGUUUGUCCUGUCGCGACCGCACGGCGUCGGCUAGCCGAGGUUGAAGGUCGAAGGAAAUGCGGUGCGCGCGAUAGGACGCGUCGCUGCCGCGCUGCCACUGCACGUUGAACGAGCGAGUUGUACCUGUAUCUCGUGUCCCUAACCUCGAAAGCGGCCCGACGUCGUCGCCAUGCAGCGAUCAACGGAGCGGCGGCAGCAAUUACGCGCGCGUGCAUCCUCGUGUGCGUAGUACGCCGGUGACGGUUUUCACGGCGAGCCCCGAGCGGGCGAGCGAUGGCGCGCUCGUGACUCCCAGUGAAAUUUCGCUUCGUCGCGAAAAGAACAAAGAUCGGAUAACGAUAUCAGCGGCGAUUAGAUAUCCCCGGCUGACAUUCGGCACGCGUCGUCGUCCUCCGUUCGCUCUGUUUUUCUCUCUUUUCCUCUUUUCUCUCUCUCUCUCUCUCUCUCUCUUCCUCUACUCUGUAGCUCGCUUUCUGUGUACGUCCUAACAUCGUGACAAGUGCGUGGUAUGUUGAACCUGACGCGGAGGGCUCGCUGUACCCCCGAUUGUUCUCGCGCUGCAAAUUCCGCGAGGCGGAUUCCCGUCACGUGACGACGCGUCAAGCGGUCGCUUCGGUCGCCGUUAUCGUUGCUCGCCGUGUGCUCUCGAGCAUCCUCGUCGUCGGCCGUGCUCGACGACGGCGAAAAUGACGCGGUGUCGUCCGCCGCGCUACGACAUCGCUGAGGUCUGACGGACUGUGAGGUUGACGUUUGAAACGUCGUCGAUCCGCGACCAUCAAAAUCCGUACGCGCGCGCGCGAAAGAGAGAGAGAGAGAGAGAGCGUGUUCCGUCCCGUACGGUGUCUCGCGCGGUACCCGGAGCCCUCGCACGUGUUGCCCCGCCGCGCGUUGAUCCCGCCCCGUCGCCCGGAGGAAUAGGAUGCAGUCGAACACGAUACUCCGUGACGUCGGCGGCACGGAGAAACUGAUGGGCAACAACAAUAAUCUCAACAACAACGGCUCGCCGGAGGCGGACAUCAUGUUCCAGAUGGAGGACGAGGGCCUCACGCAGUUGGGCAGCGUUUUUCAAUCGGCCUACCAGUCGAUCGUGGGUGGCGGUGCUCAGUAUGGUUCGGAUGAGUUCGGGCAGGACUCGCCGAGGUACACGUCGCCGAAGAACACGCUGUCUUACACCGAGUCCUAUUAUAUCGAUGGUAACACUGCUGGAACCGGUCCCGGUGACCCAUGGACGGGUGCCGGCGGUGGCGUUCAACCCCCCUACAGCGGAUACGCACCCCCUCACCUGGCGCAGACGGCAUACUCCAUGCACAUACCCCACGACCCCAUGGCAUACUCGGCGAUGUCGCCGAACGGGGAAUCGACGGCGCCGAUCUUGGGCUCGGCGGUGACCAGUGCGGCUUCCCUGCCGCCGAUGUCAACAUUCCGGGGUAGUGCCGCGGUCGCGGCGAACAGCGGCACGGGGGCACCGUCGCCGGCAUCGUUGCAAUAUAGCCAUAGUCCUGGUGCACCGACGACCGCGCCCUCCGCGUCCAACGCUGCGCCCACGACGAACCAGCAAACCACCCCCGGCGACACCCUCGGCAAGACCCUCGCAUCUGUAAGCACCCGAAUCUAUCCCACGGACCAAUCAGUAUCCAGUUAUAGCAGUAAUCCAUCUACGCCCGUCAGUUCGCCGCCACCUUUAACCGGCUCGGCACCAGGUUGGGCACCUGGAGCCGCGCCAGUGUCUCCGCAUUUCACGGCGGACCCCAACCGUGGUAUUCACAUGCCGGCGCCUGAACAGCAGAGGUUAGACGAUGCCAUCGGCUUCCUUCGCGACCAUGCCGAGUUGGUACAGGGAACCCGAAUGGAGGAACGGCUGGACGACGCCAUAAACGUCCUAAGGAACCACGCGGAGAGUCAACUGGGCCUUCACCUCGGCCCGGUGGGCCCGCAUGGCGCGAUAUACUCGCACACCUCACCACCGCAGUUGGAUCAUCUGACGAGUCCACACUCUGCGGUAACGGUAACACAACCUCAGGGUUCCUACCCCGGUCUCACGCCCACGCCCGACACGGACGGAUCCAUCAAGAUCGAGAGGUUACCUGUCACGAAUGCCAAAUACAUCUCUUUAGAGAAGAGAAAAGACCCACCCGACAGCAGCGGCGGCGAGACGAAGCCGUCGAGCAGCGAGCUCGCGGCUGCUGGUGUGAUCGGGGCGGCCACGGUGAACUCGACGUCGCAAGGCAAAGGCACCAAGAGAUCGCGCAGAUAUUGUUCGAGCGCCGACGAAGACUGCGACGAUCCCGGCACCAAAGCGGUGCGCGAGAAAGAACGUCGCCAGGCCAACAACGUGCGUGAAAGGAUACGCAUCCGGGACAUCAAUGAGGCCCUGAAGGAGCUAGGAAGAAUGUGCAUGACACAUCUGAAGACCGACAAACCUCAAACGAAACUCGGAAUUCUCAAUAUGGCUGUCGAAGUUAUAAUGACACUCGAGCAGCAAGUCAGAGAGCGAAACCUCAAUCCGAAGGCUGCGUGCUUAAAAAGAAGAGAGGAGGAAAAGGCCGAGGAUGGUCCCAAGUUACCAGGCCAUCUUGCGGCGCACAUAGCACAUCCGCAUUCUCAUGCUCAUGCACACUCUCAGGCGCCCUUCCCCGCCUUGCCCGGUCCGCAGCCUUCCCUUCAGCACAAUCCACCGCAACCGCAGUAGCAGCGGCUCAGUGGCGGUGUCAUUCUGUGUUAAGGGGUAGAUACGUCUUAAAAUCGACAAUUUUGCCGAUAUGACUUGCAUAUCCAUAUGGAAGUAUUUUCUGCUCGCGCGAGUCGCGGGGGACGCGCAGAAAAUUGUGGAUAUUACACGUGAUGCGUCGCAUGCAUUGGUAGACGAUAAGGCGGUGGAGCAAGAGGAAGAAAGGAGGUGGAGGAGAAAGAAGAGAAGAGGGGUGGGAGGAAGAAGAAAAUAAGAAAUCCGUUUAGCCGGUCCUGUUUUACAUGUAUCGUUUACUACUUAGUAGUGUUUGUAUAUUAGUAUUUUAUAUGAUUCUAUUUAAAGCCUUGGAAGUUAUCCUUUGAAAUCACGACCUAUCAAUCAGUGAUUGAGAAAAAAGUCUUAAAGUAUUACAGUAAAGAGCGGCACCGAUAAUACCCAUAACUUUUUGCAGCAGCUCUUUUACGCGCGUUAAAACAAGAAGGGAAGAGAGAGAGAGAGAGAGAGAGGGAGAGAGAGAGAGAGAGAGAGAGAGAGAGAGAGAGAGAGAGAGAGAAGGAGAGAAAGAAAGAAGAGAUUUCAUAUGCCCAUAUGUAAGCAUAGCGCGCGCAUGUAUAGUUUUAAGAGGCAUCUACCCCACCCCCACGAGGCGGCUUCAAAUUAUUUUUAUAAAUAGCGAGAAAAGGAAAAAGAAACAAAGGAAUAUGGUUCCUCUCUUUCGAGAUAUAUAAUGUGUAGUACGAUCGAGGUUUUAUUAACGGUCGAACUUCGCUACUGACUCAUGUUAAAUUGCCCACUUCUGUGUAUACACUAUUAACACGUUGCGUUAUAGCGCGCAAUAGCUAGGAGGAGAACUACUCGUGUUGGCGGGAAAACAGAGCCCACACAUACACAUACAUGUACCACACACGCGCAUACACACACACACACACACAUGCGCGCGCGCGCGCAAACACACACACACACACACACACACACACGCCGACUAAAGAUGAAGAUAAAGGCAGCAUAUUUCUGGAAACCGCGGUCUAAAGGGAAAUAUUCCUAUCCAGGUAAAGCUCUUUUCCAUCAUUGAAAUUGACAUUCGCGCAUUGUGAUACUUUGUUUACGCGGUCUCCACGAUUCCCGUGAAUUCAGCUCAUUGUCGCACUGUAAACCGCGAGGUACCCGCAAGAUUUUGCAAGUUCCUUCGCAGGUUCUCCUCUCCGACAGAGAGCGCGCGUGGUGCGUCGCCAAUGUAUAUAAACCGUACGAACUGUGCCGCCUUUAUGUUGAUCAUUAGAUACUGAAGAUACUGUAUAUAGAGAUUAUCUUUUACGAGCGUCCUAGAGUGUGAAUCGAAGAUGCUAGCGGUUCGUUCACGCUCGCGAGAAAGCACACAGAGCAACAACCCACCGUCAUCUACCACUUCAGAAACUGGCUGUCACGGUGUCGUGAGAAAGUCAUAAAGUUUUCCGGUGCUUGCAGCUUCUUUCUCGGCGUAUGCAACUCAGUUUUAGGGAAAAAAGGGCGGAGAGAACGAAUUUCUCGAUUGCGCGUUCACGAUUCAUUUCGACUCGGCAAAUUCGUUCUCUUCGAGUAUCAAAGAAAAAGAUAGACACUUUGAUUGUAAAUAUUGCUCGACGCGAUAAAGAAGCUACGAUUUUCAAGUAAUAUAGCAAGAGUUUCUUGCGACAUCGCGCUAUCGAAAAUACUCUCCAACUAUUGAAAUUUCUCUCUUACAUUAUCACGAAAGAAACCAACGGUAAUAUAUAAUCGCGGAGAUUAUCCUACUUGACGAAACUAUCGGCAUAUAUUUAUUUCGCUACGCUCAAAUAUUUUAUCGCUAAAAUUUGAUUGUGCAGACUGACCUGAAAUUAUUGUACAUAAUUUUAACAACGUAUUCUGAGGCUUAAUCAACACUUUUACCUAGAGCCUAUUUCAACAGGUUUAUUUGUUAGCGAUGACUCACAGAUGGAAUAUUAAUUGAAGAAAAUUCUGAUAUCAAGACCUACUACCGAGCCAUACCGAUGCUUUAUGAAUUAGAAACCAAAUAUUUUUCUAUUCUUAAUUCUUAGGUGGAGUACUUUUGAACAGUGUUUUAACCAAGAGGUUAGUCAAUCUUUCCAAAUUAUUAAAAAGAUAUACUAUGGUAAUAAUUAACAAAUUGUAAUAAAUAAUCCUUUUAAAAAUUUUCCUAUUAGGAUUUUUGGCUUCAAUUAAACCUCAGGAUGCACUAUUAAGGCAUUUGUAUAAUGGUUUUGGGGCACCCUGUACAUAUACAUAUACAUGUAUAUGUAUAUUUAAAGUGCCAUUUAGAACAUUUUCGAUCUUAAUAUCGGGGUGAAACGAGAAAUACAGCCCUAGUUUACAUUAAGCAUAACUUAUACGUGCUCGUUAGUAUCCGUAAAUCGUUUUAUAUCGGUGAAGCUAUCUGAAUUGUUUUCUUUCACAUGUAAAAUAGCGUGAACGAUCCGUGCCCAAAAUCGGAAGGAAAACCCGUACACUUAUAUAAGAGAUAAUAUUUAAAGAUUUGUUUUAUAUUAUGUCGGAUGAACGAUUCUUAUAUAGAUUCUUAGGACGUUGACAUUACAUUUUAUUUUUAAUUAUCGGUCGAAUGACUUUUAAUUUAAGAGCGAUCAACGAAUAUUAAUUUAAGACGUAUUUAGGACACCCCUUUGAAUUAUAUAUUAAUCAUUUUUACUAAUUACAUCUCUCGUCGUCCAUGCCUUCGGCACGGAGAGGCACAAAGUGUAACUCCGAAAUGUGGAUUAUCUCGAAUAUUGUUGCGGCAUUGAGGAAAGUAUAUAUACAUACGAUGUGUAUAUAUAUAUACAUAUAUAUAUAUAUGCACAUACAUAUUGGGCAGUAAAUCUGUGCGGCUGCGGAGAAAAGUGCACGUAGGAUACAGAAGAAGAAAAAAAGAGAAAAGAAAAUUAUCCAAAUAAUCCCGUCGGCUUUGCUAUCACGCCGACGUCUGUAGAGAUGGUCGUGUGUAAUUGUACGUGUACGUUGCAAUAUGUUGUCGACGAGAAUUGACAAGCAUUUAUAUGUGCCAAAACAUGAGCACGUGAUGAAAAAGAGAAAAGUAAUUAACAAUGUCCGGCGUGAGGUAGAUUAAAGAAUCUUUAAUUGACGUGUGGGACAUACAUGAUAUCGAUACAAUUAUUAAACGCACAAAACGCGUCUUUACAAACGCUUCACGUAGCGGUGUAUUUUUCGUUUUGUUUUCUCUUUUUUCUUUAUUUCUGAUCUUUCUCUUGAUGCCGCACCGUUAGAAGAAAGACGGUCUUUUCGAUGACACCGAUCACCGAUGGUUUUGGUACAUCAUCGAAUCACUCUGGACCCUCUUGAAUCUUUUCGACACGCCCUUCUUCCUGCGUUUUGUCCCUGCUACCUGUUAUACGAUCGAGAUUUCUGUACUUAUGUGUACGGUAAUGUGCUAGAGAGAUGAAACGGAACGAAAGGAGCUUAAGCGUCGAAACGAACGGAAGCACACACACCCACACAUACACAUACACGCGUGCGUGAAUGAGACGCGAAUAGAGAGGUCGAGACGGAAUUGCGCGACUCGACUCGCAUCGUGUGCGAGAAGAGCCAGCUCUGUCAUAAUGACGAUUAAUUAUUCGAUCGAAUAAUUAUUAUUAAUUAUUAAUUAUCAUUAAUUAUUAUCAAUUAAUUACCGCCGACGAGAUCUUUCGUGAGAGAACAGAGAGAACGGGACAUUUUUGUUUUUGAACAAAAAUAUAGCUCAACGUAUAUGUACCCAGUUGCCAUGUAUUUUAAUUUAUUUAGAUUCUUAAAUAAAUUUUAUUGAAAGAAAAAAAAAACAACAGAAAAACCACGAUAACGACGACGCCGACGACGACGACGACGACGACGACGACGACGACGACGAUGAUACAUCGAAUGUUGUGUUGCCCGCUGCUGUAUUUACUCCGCCUCUUUUUCUGCUCUGUCUUCUUUCGCUCGUUUCGUUCGCGCCUCUCCGAGAGUGUCCGUGAAUAAUUCCCUCCCCCUACCGCGCCAUACCGCGCGAAGCUAUAUUUUUCUUCAAAAGCAUGACAGGAUCUUUGCGAAGAUCACGGGGGAUCGUUGGAAAUUUUCACACGUACGCAUCCGCACAGUCUUCGCAGCAGACGGAAUCUUUCGCUCUCGUCGAUUCUCGUGAAUUUCAGACUCAUAUCAAAACACGCCAGACAUAUCGUAAUUUAUAUUGAUUAUGUAAAUGUGCGUGCGGAUAUUUUCCCUUUCCUCGUUUGUCGAGCGCCUUUUGUACUUUAACUUCGUCGUUCUUUCCCGUGAAAACGCAACAACAACCUUAUCCUUUCGAAUUCCUUAUCCGAUCGAAACCGCGCGCCGGUGUCACCUUGACAAUCGCGCCUGAGACGCACGCAUAUUGUUAAGCUAGCUUUUCCUUUUCCGCUCAGUCAGCCAAUCGGAGAUUUCAUCUUUGAUAACGAUCGAGUGCCUGCCUCACAGUUGUGCGAAGUGUCGUAAUGAACGUGUCUGCGACGAGAGAUGUUUUCUCUCGCACUGCGCGACUUAAUCGCGAACCGACACACCAUACAGAAUGAAGUACCGUCGAUACUCCGAUGUAAAGUUUGAUACAAUACCCCGAGCGACACCGUGAGAGAAAAAGAGGAGAGGGAAAGAGAAUAAAAGUCAAAGUCUCUCUCGUUCUCCGAAACGCUUGCCGAAACCGAUUGGCGAAAGCGGACAGCGAGAAUAAAUAGCGAGAUUAUUCCGACGUUGAUUUUUCUAAGCUGUAAGCUCGUUCGGAUGUCCUCAUUAGAUCAUAGAACUAUCACGAGAAGGAAGCCACUUUCGUUAUCGAUCAGGAUCCACAGAAACUGUAGGCAAAAUCUGAUCGGCAAGAACUCGCGCAACCUCGCUCCAGCUCAUAAAUUAAUAAUCAUUAAUCACGCUCCCGCGUCGUCGCGGGCGACGCUUUGUAAAAUUGUACUUGGUGAAGGAAGAGACACGCACGGGAGUGGAAAAGGAACAAAGAGACGAGGAGAAACAGGGAGAGUGUAAGGAA